AUGGAUGUCCUAGCUCUAAGGCCUACGAAUUUAGCUUUUUCAGAGUCACCUAGAGGAUGGUUUCGAGCCUAUAUUCACAUCCAACGAGCGGUCUAUUCAAACUGGCUGCUGAAUGAAAACGACAUCUCUGGAUCCAUGUGGCUCCUCUGGUUCAGACAUACCCUGACCGGAGUUGGGGUUGGAAACCAGCAAUACCACGCUGUAAUCGAAUGGACUCCAGAUAAGACCGUAAGGCCCAUCUCCGGUCUACCUCUACGGACUUCUCCCAACUGGGAGGUCGUCUCGAACGGAGGAACGGGAGUAAAAGUCCCCGCUUAUCCAAAAUACCACCCUUCGAGAGACCGAGUAACCUGGCUUCGCACCCUCGAAACCCACAAUGAGUACAUGGUGGCAGACAGUCCGGAAUUCCUCAGAACGAUCCUGGAACUGGACUUCACUAUUCGCAACGAACUUUCGCUGCCCAUCCCAGAUUCGCUUACUGAGCAAAUCGAAUCUAUUAUCACCCAAAGGAACGACGAGUACCUACCCCGCCUUUCAGGUCACUAUCGCGAAGCCCUCGGAAACCUCGACGCAUCCCAAGGCACCCGCUCCAUCCUCCUCAAAGAAGGAAACAACACAAUAGGGGUGAGCACUAUCAGCGCUAUAUCAUCGUCCUCGGACGCAGGAUCAGAAUCUGACGCCGGGUCGUCUGGUUCCACAUCCGCAUGGCCAUAUGGAGAUACGGUAUGA